AUGCAAGCCAAGCUUCUUCUUCUGAGCCUUGCUGCUGCUCCUGCCCUAGUGGCCUCCUGGUCUUUGACCUGGUACUCAGGAUCAGACUGCACUGGUCCUCUCGGCCACAUUGACUCUGCAAGUUCUACUCUCACUAGCGGUGAAUUCGACGUCGGCGUUAACUCCUGUAUCGCCGAUGAAUCGGGAGAUCACAUUACCAUCAACGACGUACUUGUCGUACCCUACGCUUGUGCUAGUGUGUCGCACCCCGAUGGUAAAGCCGCUAAGUGGAAAUACUGGUCAUAA